CAAGAUGCCUGCUCAAAAGAAGGCCAUUAUCAUCGGAGCAGGCCCUGCCGGCCUGGCUGCCGCACUCCAGCUGCAUCGCAACAACAACAUCGCCAUCACAGUGUAUGAACUACGCCCGGAACCGACUACAAUGGGUGGCGCCAUUGGAAUCUUUCCAAAUGGUAUGCGUCUGCUUCAUCGAAUGGGCCUUUAUGAGGCCCUUCUCGCACGCGGAUCCUGCGUCACCCACAUGGAGAUCCAUUCACUGCAGAACGGUGACAUCGCCAAGGUCGACAUGGCUUCCUGGGCCCACCAGCAGACGGGCUUCGGAUAUCUGCGCAUUUGCCGGAGAGAUCUCCAGGAUGUUCUUCUCACCGCCGUUGCUGAAGAACGUAUCCCUGUCUCCUACAAUAAGCGUAUCGUCUCAGUCACCGAGUCACCAACCAAUGUCACUGUGACCUUCUCUGACGGAUCGACUGACACUGCCGAUAUGCUGAUCGGAUGCGAUGGCCUUCACUCUAGUGUCCGUCGACUGCAUGUUGACCCGUCCAUUGUGCCCGAGUACUCUGGCAUCGCCGGAACCCAAUCCAUCAUCCAGUCCAGCAACCUUCCGGAUGCGCUCAGAACACAAGCAAACGCCUUUAUGACCUGUAAUGGGCUACUGGUAACAAUGCCCUGCUCCGCAUCUGGGGACAAGCUCUUUUGGUUCUUCUCGCGGGAAACGCCCAUUCCUCACUCAGAAUCUGGCAAUGCACGAGACGGGUGGGAGGAGCGGCGCCAGCGAGAGGUUGCGGAGUAUAAAGAUACUAUUCAUAAUAUCCUCGACACGGGCAAGGGCGAGUGGCGCGAGACGCUAACAGAACUGGUAAACCGGACGAAAUUUAUUGGCUUUUAUCCUGUCUUCCGGCUCCCCCUGGGCGGAAAGUGGUCGACCUCUCGAACGGUAUUGCUUGGAGAUGCAGCGCAUGCCAUGCAGCCUCAUGCGGGUCAGGGAGUGUCCAUGGCUUUGGAAGAUGUGUUUCUGCUUUCGCGGCUACUGCGCGACCCCGAACGGAGUCUGGAUGAUGUCUUUGCCCAGUAUGAGGCAAUCCGGAGACCGCGCAUCAUGGCGAUCUCCACUUUGGCGACCAAGAAUGGGAAGGCGCGGAGAGAUGUCAGCCCAUGGAAAUUGAGGAUGAAGGAGUACAUGGCGUGGGCUACCUAUGGACUAUAUAACCGAUUGGGGUUGGAGUCCUGGGGGAUCAGGCAGCAGCAUCUGGUCUAUGAUAUUGAUGAGGUUAUGAUCUGAAUGCUGGAGUGUGCUGGAGAUUUGUUCACCAGAGUGUAAAUAAUUGGUGGAUGACCGGGGGGGAGGGAGGUUUUCGGGGAUCUCCGUUUGUUUCAUUACCUUAAUGCAGCUAGAAGCAAUGUCUCAGAGUAAAUGAUUUUUUGACCAGCUGG